AUUGGACAAUUUCAAUAACAAACGGGGCCCCAUUGUUUACAGAAUAACUUAAUUAUUCCAGGUUAAGAGUAUUUCAAUUUUCAUUUUAUCAGAGUAAUCCUUUUGGAAUAAAUAUGAAAGAGAUUUGUAUUGUAAAGAAUUAUUAUUAUUAUUAUUAUUAUUAUUAUUAUUAUUAGAGGGUGUGAGGUUUUGCAUUUGGGUUUAGCUGGAGUUAAAUUAAAAAAAUAUAUAAAUAAAUACAUUUUAGAUCGGAGGGUGAGGAAUUUGUCAAAUUGUUCGAAACGGCAAAUCGUUUAGGCUUACGAACGUCUUUUCCCUUUCAAGUUCCCGUUCACUUCUCACUAAAACGACGUGACGUUUUUUCGCACUUCCACCGAACUGCUAACAGCUGUUUUAAAGGCCCGGAGAGGCGAAGGGCGCUGCUGUUGUCCGGAAAAGAGAAAAGCAGCGAGGAAAACUUCUGAGCAGAGAAAAAAAGAAGGGUUUUAGGGAUUUUGUUGGUUUCGGCAUGACUCGCUUGAGCAUCGAACAGAUUUUAAAGGAUAAACAGACCCUUGAUCCUGCCUCCAUUACUUCUCUCUCGCUCACUCACAGAGCUCUCUCCGAUGUAUCUUGCUUGAGCCAAUUCACCAGCUUGGAGAGACUGGACCUCGCCUUCAAUAGCCUCACUUCGCUCCAGGGAUUGAGUUCUUGCGUGAACUUGAAGUGGUUAUCAGUUGUGCAAAACAAAUUGCAAAGCUUAAAAGGAAUUGAAGGCCUUUAUAAUCUCACUGUAUUAAAUGCGGGCAAAAAUAAGCUUAGAUCAAUGGAUGAGGUCAGGUCUCUUGUGAGCUUACGAGCUUUGAUUUUAAAUGACAAUGAGAUUGUUUCCAUUUGCAAGCUGGAUCAAAUCAAAGAACUGAACACUCUUGUUCUUUCACGAAAUCCAAUCCGUGAAAUUGGUGAAUCACUGGUCAAGGUGAAGUCCAUUACAAAGCUUUCUCUUUCCAAUUGCCAACUUCAGAGCAUUGGCUCAUCGCUUAAGUCCUGCAUUGAACUGAAAGAGCUCCGGCUUGCUCAUAAUGAUAUUAAGACUCUCCCAGCUGAGUUGGCUUACAAUAAAAAACUCCAGAAUUUGGACUUGGGAAAUAAUGUGAUCGCGAGAUGGUCAGAUGUGAAGGUGCUAAAUUUCUUAGCUGAUCUGAAAAACCUCAAUGUACAAGGAAACCCUAUUGCUGAAAGGGACAAAUUAGUCAAGAAGGUCCUAAAAUUGUUGCCAAGUUUGCAUAUAUUCAAUGCUAGACCAAUAGAUAAAAACACCCAGAAAGGAGAUGGUGGCAGUGUUGGUAGAGUAGAUGAUUUUUCAAUUAUCCCUGCUAAAGAGCUAGAAGCCCCCAAGGAAAAGAAACAAGAUACCAUAAGGGAAAAUAAACUCUCUGAACAUGAGAUGGAUCAAAGUAGACAUGGUCAUUUUGGUAAUGUUAGUGAUGCUAAUUUAGAGAAGGAUUUAAAGAAAGAGAAGAAAAUGAGGGACAAACUCUCAAGGAAGGAUGAAGUUCCAGUAUAUGGAAGGGAUGAUGUGUUUGAAAGGAAAUUAAAGAGGAAUACAUCGGAGGAGCAAGAUAAUGGUAAUCAUAUUGAUAUGGAGGACUUAAAGCUGAAAAGGAGGAAAACAAAUGAGAAAUUUUUGAAGAAAGAUGUCCAAGGGGAUGAUAAGAGCACAGUGGAAAAGAAACCCAAGAUUAAAACAUCGAGGGAGGAGCAAGGAGAGCUUGAUGUAAUCGAUAAUGGGGAAACAUCAUUUGCAGACCUUUUUGCUGUCAAUGUUGCAGAAAGUCCCAAACUUGGUGAUGAAAAGAAAAUGGUAGAUAAAGCUGAAGACAUAAGUUUUAUGCGUGGUUUGGCUGCCUCCUCUGCAAAGAAAAAGAAAACUAAAAACCGAGGAAUGGGUGCUGCUGUCCAGCUGUCUGCAGCAGUUGAAGUUGGAAUGGGAGGGCCAUCAACGUGGGGUGAUGAGUAAUUAUUUUACAAUGUUUAAAGGUUCCAGAGGAUUCAUAAUCAAGUUAAGCCAGUCAAAGGUUCCUGCUUCUCCAUUUCUGCUACAACAUUAUCUAUCUGAUUGUCUCAACAAACAUGCGUAAAAAGGUUAUCUGGAUGGCCUGAUGUACCAGUUUUGAACCAUCAGACUUGUAACCAUUUGGAUAAUCAGACUUGCACUCUAUAACUCACAUUACCAAGAUGGCUGAUGUUUACAAUGCAUAUUUCACACUGUUUGAGCUUGACAAUUGUGAACUUUUAAACAGCUUGCAUACUGAAUGGUAGCAAUUUGAUGAUAGGCUUUAGGUCAUAUUUAUACAUGUAAGCAUUUGCCA